CAGCACAACUACCUGUGUGCCGGAAGGAACGACUGUAUCAUCGAUAAGAUCCGGAGGAAAAACUGUCCGGCCUGUCGAGUACGGAAGUGUCUCCAAGCCGGGAUGAAUCUCGGAGGUACGGAAUCAUAAAUGCCAGAUAUCCUAGAUCUGCACCUAUAUCUUAGGGUGCAUCUGAAAUAACACCCUAUUCCCAGGGAAUGUGAGCUUUAUGGACUAAGGGCUAUUAUUGCUGAGCGGCCAAUCAGAUCCCUAGUCUGAUCAUAGGCAGGUUCAAUGGCACGAACCUGUGAAAUAUGUCGGUGCCCCGACUAGUCGUAGAACCGUAAAAACAACAAAGUUAAGAGCGUUAGUGAGUGGAGUCAAAUUGUUGUCGAAUCGGUGUUACUUUGAGACUUCCUGUCUCAUUACAGAAUACACAGCCAACUUCAGUUUGCAGGCCAAUAUUAACAUGUGAUACAGAGUUUGGAUACUGCCAGGGAACCAAAAUAGACUUGCUUAUACAGCAAAAAAAAAAAGGUUUUCCUUUUUAUCGCCAUUGCAAUAUACAGAACAAAUGUUUUCCUUACUGUACUUUGUCAAAGGUGGACAGUCUCCAAAUCCUGAUUCACUUCCUAACAUACUUUCCCUCUGAAAGUUACAACUUCCCUGAAGAGAGGCUGAAAACAGUGCUGUAAGGAUAUCCUUUCAGAACCUUGACACAGCACUACUACAUCUGACAAACAGAAAUCAAAGUGCCGAUAGAAUACUCAAAAUGCCACCUAGCUUCCAAAAGUCCAACAAUUGCCAAACAAAGUUACGCUCACAUAUAUUUGUAGCUACUUCAGUACCUACAUGACAUGCUCUCUGUCAACAGAACAUGCUGUCUUUUGAAACAACACAAUGCAGAAAUAUCAUGAUGAGUUCUACUUUAAUUGUGAUCUUCUUUCCCUCUUCCUCCCUACAGCGCGGAAGUCUAAGAAGCUAGGCAAGCUGAAGGGUGUGAACGAAGACUCGACCCCCACCAAGGAGGGGGGGCAGACGUGCCCUGGGUCUGGAGGUGGAGGGGGGUACUUGUCCUCGGGAGAGAAGGAGCUGAGCACCAGCCCCACUAACACCCUGGUGCCCCACGGCCCUGGAGGUGGGCUGGUGACCCCCUACCUACCCCCCUCCAUCUGCAGCGUGUUGGAGCUGAUUGAGCCGGAGGUGGUGUUUGCAGGCUAUGACAACACCCAGCCUGACACCACCGACCACCUGCUGUCCAGCCUCAACCAGCUGGCUGGGAAACAGAUGAUCCGCGUGGUCAAGUGGGCCAAAGUACUUCCAGGUUAGAGAAGAUACAGUAUCUUCCUUUUCUCUAAUAUCUUUGAUGGUUUUGGUGAAGGGGGCCAAAGUACUUCCAGGUUAGAGAGAUAACCUGGGGUUUGGAAUAAUAUAGUUAAGAGUGGGUUGUUUCCCUUUUCUCCAAUAUCUUUGAUGGGGUUUGAUGGUUUGGGUCAAGCACUUCCAGGUUAGACAGACAUGGGGGUUCUGGAUGGGCUUGGAGGGUAAGGAUGUAAGGAAGAGUGGGUUAUCUUCCUUUCCUAUAAUAUCUUUGAUGGGGAAAUAUUAAACAGAUAAAUGUCUAGAGUCAACUUGAUCCUAUUCCAUUUAAAAUGCUUGGGGGCAGAGACGUGGGUAAAUCUCUUGAGUGGGCGUAUUGGCUGUUAGGAGAAAUCACUAUCAUGUAUUUUAUACUCGAGGGAUAUUUUGACAUGCUGUGGUAUUAUUAACAUUUGCGCCUUCAGAAUAUAUUCAGCAGUAAUUUUCACGAUCUCGUUAGGAAAUUAUUCCGCAAUGCUUUAAUGAGAUUAGCGAUAGGAUCCAAUUUAAAGCCAAAAUCUAAUCAAGAUUUAAGAUUUGGAAACAGAGCUCAUUUACAUUAAUCAGCCUUUCCUAAAUAAUGUAAAUCGAACUCGUUUAUGCAAAAUUGUACUUUAAUCAACCAUUUGUUUUUUUUAAAGAGGUGAGUAUGUUCCCUAAAAACUGUCAGUUGGUGAAAUAUUUAAAAGAUGCCUUAUAGGCUUACAGUCGCAGGUACCUCUUUGAUGCUGUUUAAUUUGCUGUAUUGCAAAUAUUUGAUACCUCUUCCAGGGUGUCUGCUUGCCUUAUUCGGACGUAUAAAUAGAAAGACAGACAGACAGGAGGUCGAAACCAGCCCCUCUCUCUCCCCCUUCUCUCUCUCUGAGUCUCUCUCUCUUUCUGACUUUGAACGUUUUGGACUUAGCUCUGCUAAUAAAGCUCAGAAGCUCAACUCCAGAAGACUCGCGCUAAUAAGGCAGACUGCUUCGCGCUACAUGGCUGCUGUAGACUAUGAACAAGCCUUGUACUGGACAAUACAGUGCCACUAUUAAGUGUUACACAGUACACAGGAAGCCUAAUCUAUGCUGUGAGCAGCGUCCUGUACUGUAGUCAUUGUAGAUACUAUUGACUUGUUGAGUGUCUUCAGCCUUCAAGCACUUUGAUGGGCGACCCAAAAGGUAAUCUUUUAAUAAUCAUCUUAGACCCAGCUAUAGAAUCUUCCAGGGAGCACCAUUGAUGUACAGUAAGCCAGUCAUUUAAAUCAAGAGCUUUGAGUCCUUUUAAAAAAAGCCACAGGCGCAGCCAGCAAUACAACCCACACACUAAUUCAACAAUGAAUUGAUACCGUGACACAUCGCAGGCUUGGCAGCGGUUGCAUUGCUGACGACUGACAUGCAAAGCCUGGAAUAGUACCUAAGCUCUGAUAACUCACUUUCAGUUGCAGCAUUCGCGUCCUCGUUGGGAACUAUGCAUUAUAGAAUGAGGAAGAGUUUAUAUGUAAUGUACUGUAUAGAGAGUUGGAGUGAGAGUUUUGCUGCUAGUCUAUUUAAGGGCCAACAUAGACAACAGGCCAAUAAUAAGAAGCCUUGGGGGAUUUUGUGUAAAACAACACCGGGUGAAUACUCUGCAGUGGUUUGUUCAUGUCUGAACAAAUAUUGGUGCUGCUAGGCACCAUGCCAUAUGAGAGAGAGAGAGAGAGAGAGAGAGAGAGAGAGAGAGAGAGAAGAGAGAGAAGAAGAGAGCGAGAGAAGAGAGAGAGAGAGAGGAGAAAUGAGUAAAGACGAAUAUAGAGCGAGAGACGAGAAGCGAGAGGAGAGAUACGCAGAGAAUAGCUCUCUAAGGAAGGAUAUAAGUGGCGAGAUCUAAGUCGAGAGAGAAGAGCGGAGAACGGUCGCGUAGAGGAGAGAGCGACGAAGAGGUCGGCUGAAUGACUCAUUGUAGAGUGUUGACUCGUUCUCUAGGUAUUCCAUUUGUCCUGUCUACUCAGAAUCUACUGAACUAAAUGUAAGACUCAGUACUGCUCACCGUUUCCCUUCCCAUCAAUUCAAUAGCCUUCAUUAACAGUGGAAUUCAGGGACUUUCAUUGCCAAAUCAAACAUGCGGGAACAUAUCACAUCAAUAAUGAUCCUCUCUCUCCCAGGUUUCCGGGGCCUGCCCAUAGAGGACCAAAUCACCCUUAUCCAGUAUUCUUGGAUGUGUCUGUCCUCCUUCAGUCUCAGCUGGAGGUCCUACAAACACACAAACGGACAGAUGCUCUACUUUGCCCCCGACCUCGUCUUCAACGAGUAAGUCUGUCCACCAACGGCCUAAUCUCGCACGCCACACUUUACAAAUAUUCAAUAUUCAGAGACACACUCAUCUGGUUCCAUGAGACUACUCCGAGCCAUCGCUCCUAGUAGGGGUUUAUGUGCUGUGGCAGUAGCACUGUUAUAGGACCCUAAAAUGGGUAUUAACUAAAGAUGAUGAUGGCAUGGUUACAUUUACAUUUUAGUCGUUUAGCAGACGCUCUUAUCCAGAGCGACUUACAGUUAGUGAGUGCAUACAUUUUUCAUACUGGCCCCCCUUGGGAAUCAAACCCACAACCCUGGCGUUGCAAGCACCAUGCUCUACCAACUGAGCUACAAAGGACUAUGGUUACAGUUGGUCUACUAGGUUAAGUAAAUUACAACAACAAAAAGUUAUCUAAAGUUCUGAACAGGUCUAUAGUGAAAAACCAGCUCAGUGUCUUCUGACCUGCUCCCAAAAGCAAAGGCUUUUGUACCUGUAAACGGCUCCUCGAUCCUGAGAGCACAGUUGAUCAGAGUGGAGCGGGGAGUCAAUGGUGCGUGUGAUCCGCUCUGAUAUAUUUGAACAGGGGAACAAAUGGAGGAGGAAAUGUAUAUGGGACAGCUGCUUAUUGGAGCUGUGGUGCAUUGAAGUGGAGGGUAAUGGUAUGGGACCUGGACAGGGGCAGGGCAGAGGGAGAAUACUGGCCCCUACAGGUGGCUGGGGAAAGUGCACCAAGCCCAGAUGGAGUGGAAUUGAUAGUUGGCUUAUUUGAUUUUGUAAAAUAAGGACUUCAAUACAAUGUUUCCUGACACACACACAAAAAAAGACAGGCAAUACCGAAGUCAUUGCAAAGACCAAGUAUGUUUGGAUACAAUGUCAUUACAUGUCAAAUUAAAAAGUUACAUUCUAUAAUUUCACUAAUUCUAUACAUUAUCAUAAAGUUACCUACAGUAGAUUUCUUCCUAAACAUGUGCUGCUGAUAUAUAUUCUAAGAACUUAGCCCUCUCUGAAACUCCUGGAAAGUGUGUGACGCAGUUACAGUGGGGCAGCCUGUCUGAAUGACAGAUGGUCCAGGUAUUCUGGGUGACAAUCCCGAUGAGACGUAUCCUACACCAACUGGAUUUACUGCAUGGCCUGGAUGUCGGCUGGUUUGUCCGCAGUGCUCUGUCUAGGAAACCUGCAUGUCACCCUAGUGUCCCCCCUAUCCGCAGUGUGUCAGUGACUGAUAACGGUAUGAGGCCGAGGUCCCCAGUUAGGAGGAAGGCUAUAGCAUGUCCCUGUAGAGAUCGAGACGUAUAGAGAAACUAACCUAUCUAUCGCUCUAUAGAGACGUAUAGAGAAACUAACCUGUCUAUCGCUCUAUAGAGACGUAUAGAGUAGAGAAACUAAUCUGUCUGUCGGUCUAUAGAGACGUAUAGAGUAGAGAAACUAAUCUGUCUGUCGGUCUAUAGAGACGUAUAGAGUAGAGAAACUAAUCUGUCUGUCGGUCUAUAGAGACGUAUAGAGUAGAGAAACUAAUCUGUCUGUCGGUCUAUAGAGACGUAUAGAGUAGAGAAACUAAUCUGUCUGUCGGUCUAUAGAGACGUAUAGAGUAGAGAAACUAAUCUGUCUGUCGGUCUAUAGAGACGUAUAGAGUAGAGAAACUAAUCUGUCUGUCGGUCUAUAGAGACGUAUAGAGUAGAGAAACUAAUCUGUCUGUCGGUCUAUAGAGACGUAUAGAGUAGAGAAUAGAAUCUGUCUAUCACUCUAUAGAGACAGUGUCUCAUCGGGGACAAACAUCCUUAACCAAACGCGUAAUCAGUCAGGAACACACUUCCAAGACUGAAAUCUUGUCUUUCUAAUGAGCAACAGAAAAAUACACAUGCCAAUCGGUGUGUUCAGUGGCUCUUUAAACUUAAUUUAUGCAUCAAUGUUUGAUUAUAGCUUACAAUAGCUCUAUCAAAACAGUUGUUCCAACUUUUGGGCACGUAGUGGGUACAUCUAGACCUAAACUGUACUGAUUGACAGAGGAGGAGGGUCAAGAAGGUCAUGCAAAGUUCCUUCUCAACCCAAGAGGACAGAAGAUAACGAGGUAUAAACAAGAUGUUUGCCAAUAAUAUCCAGUGACCCCAAGAAAAACAACUCACAAUACAAACUAUUGUAUUUUAAGUGGGUUUUAUACAGUCAUAGUUGUUCUGGGAUAUUCCCAGAAGUGAAAAGUGAGUCUGACUUUCUCACUUUUUAUUUUUAAAUUUUUUAAGUCCUCGCUCUUGCUUCCUGAAUCUCUCUCCAUGGCAACGGUGAGAGCCGGAGAGAGAAAAACCAGGGGCAGUGGGAUUCUUCUCAUUUUGGGCAAUGAUUCAGCAAAAUUGAUUUCAGACAAAAUAUGUAGAGACUUUUUAUACUCAGACCCAAGGUUCUCCAAAUAAUGAAAUGCAGUUUGCAGAACUCCAACACAAUGCUACUCCUAAAACACAUACAUUUUUCAUAUGUUCAUAAGUUAGUCAGAUAGACAAAGUCAGACAGACAGAAAUACAGUCAGACACUCAGAAAGAGAACGAGAGACACACACUUACUCAGCUAAACCAAACCUCAUGCAGCCAGAUGUACAUCGCAUACAGUAAACUAAUGAGUAUUUUAAACCUGCUUUAUGCUUAUAAUGAGAACAUAUGCACCCAUUCUCCCUUGUUGCUGCAACUCUGCUACAGAAUGUUAAAACUGGUUCUAUCCACAGUGCAGAAUCUCCCUCCUCUCUGUCCUAGUGUUACGAUGCGGUUUCUGCAGUAGUAUCACAUGGUCUGCGUCCCAAAUCGCACCCGAAAUCGCACCCUACCCCCAUAGGGCUCUGGUCAGAAGUAGUGUACUAAAUAGGGCAUGGUGUGCCAUUUGCUAUGCAGCCCUAUGGUGAACUCCCUUUCAAGUGGAGCCACACCGCUUGCAUUUGAUUAUUCGAGACUAGACAAGAUGGGUGAUUUAAAGUAGAGAAGGUGGCUUCCAAAACCCAUAAUUCCCUGGGCUUUGCGGCAUCUGCAUAACACAUAGCACAUUGCUCAUUGGCUCUCCCUCUCCAUCUGACCCAACCUAUUCUACUGUUCCUCUGCCCCGUUGUUGUUGGUUGCUGUUUCUGCACUUUGACAGGAUUGAGAUCAACUUCUCUGAUAUGGUGUGUGAGUGAGUGUAUGUUUAGGAAGGAGUGUGUAUGCGACUCCGUUAGUGUGUGUGUGUUUUCAUGUACCAUGACGGGGGUGAUGCAGUAAGUCUUUCCCAGCCUUUAGACAGCGUACUGAAGCAGCUAAGUCAUCUGCGUUGUGUUACUGUGUGUGUGCAGUGUUCUGCACUCUAGAGGAAUUUGGCUUUCAACUCAUCCUAUCUCAGCGAGUAGAAUAACUAUGUGGAAAGAUGUUCCAAAGGGUUGAGGCACAGUAGUAUGUGUGUGUGUGUGUGUGUGUGUGUAGGGGGGAGGAUACAAAUAUUUUGUAUGUUAUCGUGUGGUGGAUGGUGGGAAAUAGGGAAAUGUACAUGGAGGAGUCACCGUGUUUUGGGGAUGUUGGCUAUAUUUCAUGGACAUCUGAGAUUAGUUUGGCUGGACACAAUACAGUAAAUGCUAUGGCUGCUUACUGAGCCAUCCCACUGGGCACAGACGUCAAUUCAACGUCUAUUCCACGUUGGUUCAACGUAAUUUCAUCGAACUGACGUGGAAACAACGUUGAUUCAACCAGUGUGUUCCCAGUGGGAAUGCACUCAAACAGUCAUUUUUUAGGUCUAAACUUACAGCACAAACUGACCAGACUUACAACAAUGUAUAGUGAGAGCAAGAACCAAUACGCCUCAGGCACUGACCAACCAUCCUUUCUCCCCCCUCUCCUCCAGGGACCGCAUGCAGCAGUCAGCCAUGUACGACCUGUGUCUGGGCAUGAGGCAGGUGAGCCAGGAGUUUGUCAGGCUGCAGCUCACCUACCAAGAGUUCCUCUCCAUGAAAGUGCUGCUGCUGCUCAGCACAGGUAAGUCAGGGGAAGGUGUUAAAGGUGUGUGGAGUGAGGAGUGUGAGUUCCUUUGUCAGAAAAAACGUCCAACUCUAAGUGAGUUUGUGCAUACUGCAGUGUGUGUGCAUGUGAAAAAGAGAGUCUAUACGGGGUGUGUGUUUUGCACCAAUCAACAGCUAGCUCCAGUGAGGUAGUGUCUAUCAGCCAGAUGGGGCUCUGGCUCUCAUGUGAGUCUACAAGCAGACUGACAGAGUAAAUAACAGGUAUAUCUCUUGUCGUUUGUUUGCCGACCUUGGAGUUGGAACACAUACAGGAACCAAGGAAUAACAAUAAUAACAUGUCUAUGUUAAGCUGGAGUAGUAUACAUUAUAGGUAUGCACGGCAAGCUGGAUUGGGUGACACUACAGGAUUCAAUGAUUAUACUAUACCUCUGGCACGCAACCUGUCAUGGCACUAAUGUGCCGAAGAGAGAGAGCGCGCAAUCGAGUGAGAGGUACUUUUUGUAGAGAAAGUACAAGUUAGAGAGAGAAAAUAAUCUCAGUGUGAGAGAGACAUUUACGUCAUUUUGCAGACGGUCUUAUCCAAAGCGACUUACAGUAGUGAGUGCAUACAUUUUUGUACUGGUCCCCCGUAGGAAUUGAACCCACAACCCUGGGGUUGCAAGUGCCAUGCUCUACCAACUGAGCCACACGGGACAUAGAGAGAGAAAGAGUGAGCGAGAGAGAGAGAGAGAGCACGGGACAGAGAAAGAGCGAGCGAGAAUGAGAGAGUGAGUCACCCUUAUUCUUUCACCAUAUGGCAACUAAGGACAAGGUUCUUGUUGGCAUCCAGCAGUAAAUGCAGCCAGGGCAGAGCAGUCAGAGCUACAGGAGGGCAAGGCUGCAUAGGCCAGCUAUGGGAGCUAUUUCGGGAGGCCAGGCUUCAGCCCUCUGCUCUGCUUUGAACUGCCGCCGUGCGGAUUUGUAGGAAUGUUUAUUAGACUUGUCAGGCAGGCAGGGCCUCAGUUUGGAGGAUGCUGGGUUGUCUCACGGGGAGCCGGAGGGAGCACUACUCUGCUUUCCAUGGAUUUCUGCCUGAUUGAUAAUGGAAGCCUGGCUAGGAGUGUUGUUAGAGCAAAUAGAGCGGAAAAUAACUAACUAUUAAAGGGAUACUUUGUGAUUUUGACAAUGAAGCCCUUUAUCUACUUCCUCAGAGUCAGAUGAACUCUUGGAUUCCAUUUUUAUGUCUCUGCUUACAGUACGAAGGAAGUUAUUAGAGGUAGUUUCGCGAGCCAACGCUAACUAGCGUUAGCAAUUGCCCUAAUGCUAGUUAGCAACUUCCUUCAAACUGCACGGAGAGAAAAACAUAGUAUCCACGAGUUCAUCUGGCUUUGGAGAAGUAAAUACAGGGCUUCAUUGUCAAAAUCACAAAGUAUCCCUCCACCACCCGGUCCCUCCACCCUGUCCCUCGCAGCACCUCCACCAGUCUCCACCCUCCUUCCACCUGUCCCGUCGGCAGCACUCCACACGUCCCUCCCCUCUCCACCCUGUCCUCAUUGUCUCACAAGACCUCCCCCUCCUCCACCCCGUCCCUCCACCCUGUCCCGUCGCAGCACCUCCCCCCGUCCCUCCACCCCGUCCCUCCACCCUGUCCCGUCGCAGCACCUCCCCCCGUCCCUCCACCCCGUCCCUCCACCCUGUCCCAUCGCAGCACCUCCCCCCGUCCCUCCACCUCCCUCCCACCCCGUCCCCGCCCUCCCCGUCCCUCCACCCGUCCACCGUCCCAUGCACUCCACCCCGUCCCUCCACCCUGUCCCGUCGCAGCACCUCCCCCCGUCCCUCCACCCCGUCCCUCCCCCUCCCCUCCCCCCUCCCAUCCCUCCACCCUGUCCAUCGCAGCACCUCCACCCCGUCCCUCCACCCCGUCCCUCCACCCCGUCCCGUCGCAGCACCUCCACCCCGUCCCUCCACCCCCGUCCCUCCCCCGUCCCCCUCCACCCUGUCCCGUCGCAACACCUCCACCCCGCCCCUCCCCCCGUCCCUCCCCCCCGUCCCGUCCCGUCGCAGCACCUCCACCCCCAAACUACUUCCCACAGCUAUGAUAUCUUUAAUACACAAUUACGUUAUCGACACCUAAUUUAGUUGUAUAUUGCUUUAACUACCUGCAAGGGGCGGCAGGUAUCCUCGAGGUUAGAGCGUUGGGCCAGUAACCAAAAGGUUGCUGGUUUGAAUACUGGAGCCGACAAGGUAAUAAAAGUAAUAAUAAUCUGUGUGCUUGAGCAAGGCACUUAACCCUGAUUGCUCCAGGGGUGCUGUACAAUGGCGACCCUGGCCAUGACCCCACUCAGGAGUUGGGAUAUGCACAAAAAAAAUGUGUGCCAUAACACACUUGUGUAAUUUGGAUUUUAGUCCCUAAAAUCUAAGCAUUCCCAAAGGUGAACAGGGCAUUGACACUGGCCUGAUAUAACCGGAGUGUCAGUGAAUUCAUCUGAAAGCAGGAGUGAUGUUGGAGUGGAAGUGGGAUGGUGGGGAGAGGAUGGACAGAACGAGAGAGGAUAGAAAAACAGAGAGAGAGAGAGUAAGAUGGAGAGAGAGAGAAACAGCACAGAAAGAACGAGAGAGCUCUCCGGUCCGUCUGUUGUUGCUGCCUCUUCCCUCCUCAUCCUCCGGAGCCUCUCCAAAGAGCCCUGCUGUACUUAAUAAAGCCCAGUCAAGCACUGGGCAGCGCUCCAAAACCUGCUGUUUUUCUCCUACUUCCUGGCCCAAAUGGAGAGAGAGAGAGAGAGAGAGAGAGAGGAGAGAGAGAGAGAGAGAGAGAGAGAGAGAGAGAGAAGACAGAGACAGAGACAGAGACAGAGACAGAGACAGAGACAGAGAGAGAGAGAGAGAGAGAGAGAGAGAGAGAGAGAGAGAGAGAGAGAGAGAGAGAGAGAGAGAGUGUUGAGGGCUGUGCUGAAACUCAGUUUCAGGGCAAUCUGACUGAUCUAAUGUGGCCGUAUGAAUCUGUUAGAGUUGGGCUUUAGUACUGUCUGUUGGAGAUUGCAUCCCAGGGCUUCUUGUGGAUGAUGAUAUUGAGGUUCUCAUUUUAGCGUCUCAAUCCUUUUAUACUGAAGUGACUAUGCAUUUUAUGUUGUUUACUUUUUAGGUUUCUAAAAGGCUAUUUCAUCCUCUUUUAAGAUUUUUGUUUGUGACUAACAGUGCAAUUAGAUCUGAUGCUUUCGAGGCAGAGACAAAACAUUUCCAGCUACCAAUUUCCUCCAUAUUCUUGAGCACAGACUGUCACCAAAUAAUGAAGAGAGAUAAUGAUAAUGUGAUGAGUUAUUGUGGAAAGGUGUUUACAGAGUUGUUGUAUGUGGAGAUGUUCUUCGUCUUUGACCUUGGCUAAGGUUUCACUAGCCAUGCAGCGUCUCAUGAGACCCUGCAGAAUGGGUGUGUUGAUCUACUAAAGACAGAUGAACCCUUCAGCUCCACAGUGAUAGUGUAUGGAAACAUAUUAUCCUUUAAACUGUCAUUUCCUAACAAUACUCAGUAAUAUAACGCCCCCUAAUAAAUAUUGUGGUGGAUGAUUUGGUCAUAAAAUGGUUGCUAAACUUGACAUGCAUUAGCCUCACUCGCUAGGUGGGUGCUACGCUAAUGGUGGAUAAUGUGAGGUACCCCUAAAACAAGUAGAAAAAGCACUAUAAAUCAUUAUAUAAACCAUAAUCCAUUAUUAUAAUCUGAUUUAUUUGUCAGAGAGAUAAUAAUAAUCUGAGUGUUAUUCAUUAGGGGGGCUGUUUUCACAUUGUUUUAUUAAAGGUUUCCGGUGCGACAGGAUGCUAUAUCUUUCUGGAUCAAGUUUUAUCUAGGAGGGGAACAGUAUACAGGCAUAUUUGUAUGGCAGUCUUUAUUUAAUGAACUACCCAUCCAUCACCGCCUGGUAUGGCAACUGCUCGGCCUCCGACCGCAAGGCACUACAGAGGGUAGUGCGUACGGCCCAGUACAUCACUUGGGCCAAGCUUCCUGCCAUCCACGACCUCUAAACCAGGCGGUGUCAGAGGAAGGCCCUAAAAAUGAUCAAAGACUCCAGCCACCCUAGUCAUAGACUGUUCUCUCUGCUACCGCAUUGCAAGUGGUACCGGAGCGUCAAGUCUAGGUCCAAAAGGCUUCUUAACAGCUUCUACCCCCAAGCCAUAAGACUCCUGAACAGCUAAUCAUGGCUACCCGGACUCAUUUGAUCUGAUUUGAUUACCCUGCAUUUCCUUUUGUAAACCGGUAUAUCACGGCUUGAACCAAGGCCAAGACACACUGUCAGUGAGGUAUGAGGUGGUAAGACUAAAGCAGGAAGCUGCAUGUCUACCAUGUCAUGUGUGUUUGGAUUUUUUCACAAUGACACCCAAUAUAAUAUAUAGCCUAUGUACAGAAUAUACCAGGAGGCAGGAGCAAUGCAUGUAUUUCUGGGUUGUGGAGAUAAAAAAAAGACGAGGGUUUCAUAGAACAUCCUGGGUCAUAUUCAUUAGGGAGCACCGUAGCAAAAGGUUUUGCAAUGGAAAAUGAAAACAAGUGUCUUAUUGGACAAGUUCAGGUGUAGAUAGUCCCUCCCUAUUUCAGUCCAUUUUCUUCCGUUUGGUGCUUAUUAUUAUUUAUUAAACCCGGCUGCUUAAAAAAUAUGGCUUUGCGUGCGUGAGUGUGAAAUACGGCCUGGUUGACACAUCUGGGUUGGGUACCGGCAAGCUAAAACCCAUUCUUUUGACAUUAAACCAAUUACCGUUGUGUAAUUGCCCCACUUUCUGCCGGCCACGCCCCUAAAUGACACAUACACUUUCUGCUGGCUACGCCCCUAAAUGACACAUACACUUUCUGCCGGCCCUAAAUGCUAAAUGCCAACCAGCGCUGAAUCAAAUGAGGGACUAUCUGAGUCAAUGGGGCGAAAACAAAGGGCCCAAAUGUGGCCCUGGUUUUAGCAUGUUCCUGUUAGUAAGGGCCACAAAACAAGCCACGAAACAGAAAGAACAGAAUCCCUCUCUCUCUCGCCUUGAUGCUUUUCCAGAGCGCUCUCGGUUAUUGCCUUGUCAUUAUUUUGCUCUGGGUCUCUGCUAGGCUCAAGACUAGGUUUGUGUUUGUGUGUGUGUGUGCAUCUCUCACUGUGUCCAUGUCUCCAUGUGUGUGUGUGUUGUUUGUGUGGUUUGUGUGCGUGCAUGUGUGCGUCUUCGUCUGUGUGUCGCGCCUGCGUACGUACGACUCUGAGCAUUGACAUUUGCUGAGCUAUUUCCUCCAAGAUGCAAUGUUAACUGACAGGCUCUGGUCCUGCUCUUGCCUGUGGCUGUGUGUUCUAAGAAACAAAAAGUACUGUCAACUGUAUUUUCUCACACGGCUCUCAGCAUCAACAGGUGUGUCUUUCUGUCUGCCAUGUGUUGGUUUAGGUUAAGCCUUCAAAUGCAAAUCUUCAAACUAGGCUAAUUCAACAUGAAAUCAAAUCAAGUGUAUUUGUCAUAUGUACAGGACACACAUGGUGUACACAGUACAAUUAAAUGUUUACUUGCAGGUGCACCACAUUUACUACAGACGGAGUACAGUACAGAUGUAGGAUCUUAAUUUCAGCAGGAAAACAUAAUCCUGCAGCAACAGGAAAUGUGAAUUAUUAUGUGGAUUAUAAUGAAUGGACAUUGUUGCAGGGCCGGCACCAGAGCGAAUCAGUUGGACGGGCAUUUGAUUUCUAAAUUGUGUUAAUGGGUGUAUUAGUAAAGACCAUAGGCAGCUCAUGAGUUUCAAGUUUGGGGAAGCUUUAUCCUACCAUUUCUACUGAUCUGCGUGCCAGUUAUGGAUGAGUUUUAUAUGCACAUUUUUGUGAAACAGUUUAAUUUCAAUAAUAACGUUUUCGGUUUUUCAAAAUUAUUGGCACGUGGUUAAUCAUAAAAAUCUGAAUUAAAGGGAUAAAAAAAGUUACAAUUCAACUAAUGCAAGAGAACCAGCCUUUGUCAUAUGGACACAUUGAUACACCGUGAUCCAUUGGCGGCUAAAGAAAUGAGUGCAUGGAACUCAGAGAUAGCCUAUAGGCCAAUGCAGCAGUAGGGCUAUAACUUCCAUCGUCAACUAAGUAAAAUACAUAGGCCUAAAACCAACAAAUAAAAACAGUAGAAAUUAUCCUGAUGAAAAUUCAGGUUCUUUCAAUCGUAUUAAUCUCUAUACUCCGCCUCCCUUUCUACAUGUCUUGACCUAUCGCUAGUGAAAUGCAAUAUUGUAUCAACUCAGCAGGUUGGUAUGCUCAGGCGUGCAUGCUCCCUCAAUGUUAUCAGGACAGAGAAACCACCCACAUGCUCAUUGCUCACAUGGAGCACUCCAAACAAAAGACAAUAAAAAAUUGACAGGACUCCUAAAUUAUGUUUAUGAAAUAAACCAAAACUGUUUUCUCACAAGUGUAGCAGUUUGUGAACUCUGCAAACAACGUUUCCACUCUUAGAAUGAGAAUGGUAAAUGACUGUAAUACAUGCAUUAACAGAAGUUAAUGUAACCAAAUGACGGGGAUUAACGGUACAUUUACUAGACCUACUGGUUACAUAUGUAAUGGUGAAUUGAUAAAAAUAAUCAAAUCAAAGGGCAAACAAUUCACACAAUGAAACAAUGAAUGUGCAGGAGACAGCGGAACACAUUCUGGAGAGCUGAGUGCGUUUGGAGAGAGACGCCCAUAUCUUCGCCACAAUCCCCUUCUUCUUGUCUCAACAUUUUAAAUGAUACUCAAGAAACAUUAUCUUCACACAUUUUAGAUAAUUUUCAUUGACAGCUGCAACUUAAUAAUCAGCAAGGCCUAUUGCCAAGCAAGCUUCCCAAAUUGCUGUCUUCUCAAAUAGGCAUUGGCCUAUGCAUUUGUGAUUUGAAAACAAUCCACAGCUUUAAAAAAAGUAUGACAUGCCAUACUCCUUUUGUCCAGACAGUAUCAGAUACAUGGUCUACACAUACGGAGACAGAGGGGCGCUGUUUCGCUCGCUCGGAUGCUUUAUCUGAGAUUGAGUCUUUCUGUCAGUGUGCGUCUCAGUUAAAUAAAUUAUCAAUAUUUCAGUAUUUUAUUUGGACGGGCAAGGAGGUACGGUAGGGUGCGCCAGGUCCCCUAAGGCUCGCCCAUAACGCCGGCCCUGCAAUGUUGUAGUGGUUGAUAAACACAAGAGCAAAUCAAGUCUGAAUUUCUAAAUGGAAUUAACAAACUUCAGAAGCUUUUUUAAACCUCAAGUUUCAAAUGUUCUGCAUAGCAUGAAAGUUCUCCUGUAACAGGGUGAUCAAAUUAAGAUCCUACAUCUGUAUAUCAAAUGCAGGCCUCAAGGGUCAAAACAGUGCCUCAACUCAGCCAUAGGCAACCCCAAAAAUAGCUUUUUAUUUUUUUAAAGGUAUCAAAACUGACCAUAGAAACAGUACAAGGAGAACAGCUUGUUAUUAGUGUACCACUGUGAGGCAGGUCGAGCCACGCUGUGACACCAGAAGGAUCUAGCCAGGCAGGUAGCCUAUCCUCCUAGACUGAUCCCAGAUCUGUUUGUGCUCUCUUGCCAACUGCUAUGGUCACUGUCAUGUAAUGUUUGGAUCAGAUCUGGGACCAGGCAGGUCCUAGACUGAUCCCAGAUCUGUUUGUGCUUUCUUGCCAACUGCUAUGGUCAUUGUCAUGUAAUGUUUGGAUCAGAUCUGGGACCGGGCAGGUCCUAGACUGAUCCCAGACCUGUUUGUGCGGCAUGAUUAUUCUGACCAUAGGAGUUGGCUAUACAGCACAAACAGAUUUGGGACCAGCCAGGCAGGUAGCCUACUAACCUGGGCUACGGUGUGUCAGCCUUCUCCCUAUGAAACCAGAUGUCAAUUAGACUUUAAAGUGUGUCAUUUGGAACAGUUGGUUGCUCUGGUUUCAGGUAAUCAUUACCUAAAGCUGCUUAGUCAAUUACCAACACGUCAACAUUAGCUAGGACACACCUGCCUUAGUGUGCCAACAGGGUGUGUGUGUGUGUGUGUGUGUGUGUGUGUGUGUGUGUGUGUAGUACAUAACUAACCCUGUCCCGUGAUACUGCACUUAAUAAAACUAAACAAUCAUCUUUUGACCUAUAGACCUGUUUUCGAUAUAUGUCUGAAUAACUUGUUGUAUCUCUGCAUUACCAUAAUAAUGUAGGUUACUAUGUACUAUGAUGAUAUACUGUAGUAGUAGCAGCUAUGAUAAUUAACCGUGCACAGGAGGCUGCAGAGGGGAGGACGGCUCACGAUAAUGGCCGAAACGGAGUAAAUGGAACCAAACACCAAACCAUGCGUUUGAUACAAUUCCACCUAUUCCGUUCCAGCCAUUACCACGAGCCCGUCCUCCCCAAUUAAGCUGCCACCAACCUCCUGUGCAACAGUGAUAUAAGCAGUGGCAGGGUUGUAGGCUACUAGUGAUAAAGGUACAGUGCUGGUUAGUUUGAAAACAGCACCUGCUGCACUUUGUUCGUUACAACACAGUGUAUAUUAGAAGUGUUACUGUAGGCCUACAGUACAAGAAAGAUAUUAGAGGCACUUUUGUUGGGAGACUUGAGGGACAGACAUUCUUUGAGAGACGAGGUGUUUCUUAAUCAGUUAGCCAGCCAGACGCUGAAUGUCAUUUAAGAUGAGGUUGGCAGGCAGCCAUAUCGCCGUUAGUUUGUCCUCUACGGAGAUAUGAGCGAGGGAGGGAGAGAGAGAGAGGGAGAGAAGAGAGAGAGAAAGAGGAGAGCUAAGGGGAAAGAGAUUUAGAAAGGGAGAAAUGGAGAGGAUAUCUGUAUCCAUCCUGAGAACACACAUUCGCUCGCUCUUUCAUCUAAUUUCUCACGUGAAAUCAUCUGUCUGUCCCCUCAUCUCAUUAAACCCUGUUUCAAUAUGUUCGUCACGCUCUUAGAUAGUGAUUUGACUGAAAAAAGAGGACGACUACCAUGUACUGAAUGAGUGGGCGAAGUGACAAAGGGUUGAUGUGGCUGUCAACAAUAAUGGUAAAAAGAGUAAGAGCGGUCAUUGAUUAAAAUACCUGUUGUUAUGACUGCUUAUGACACCUUAUGUCAUGGUUAGAACUGUAAGCUGUAUGAUAGGUGCCCUUAUGUUCAAAUCAAAUCAAAUGUUCUCAGUAAGGUCAAGUUCAGGUCAAACUGCCAUCUGCUUGUACAAUACAUUUGUCUUGUGUUAUGUAGGCUAGUUGCUUACACCUCUCAUCAAUACUUCCCUUUGGCUUCCUCUCUCUACUCUCGCCCCUCCAGUUCCCAAAGAGGGUCUGAAGAACCAGGCAGCGUUUGAGGAGAUGAGGGUGAACUACAUCAAGGAGCUGAGGAGGUCUGUGGGCAAGGCCACCAACAACUCUGGACAGACGUGGCAGCGCUUCUUCCAGCUCACCAAGCUACUGGACGCCAUGCAUGAUGUAAGCAAUGGACCCACAUCACUGUAGAACUGUAUCCAUAACGACACGCACUGUACCCAGCACAACAUCACAAUGCCAAGUCCCGUCAACAAGCCUUCUCUAUGCUAUGCAUGCACAAGGCAAGUUCAAUGAUUGGAGUUUAACAAUGUUAGUAAGGGAAUAUCUCUGAAAUAACAAAAGAUUAUUGCAUUCCAAUGACUAGCCCUAAGGGGUGUUUAUUUUGGAAUGGGCAGAGAUUGCCCUGUAUUGGUGAAUGAAUGGAACAUGGAGGAAUCAAUGUUCAGGCUCACAGUGGUGGCCUGGUGGGUCAAUACAACUGUCCCCCUAACUAAAUGCACUGAACGCACUGACUGUAGGGGUUAUGCAAGGACAACUUAGCAUGUGGUGAAACAUUAGGAGCUGGAAGCAGUAUGAAAAAAUACUCACAUCUCACAAAUGGAAAAAGUCCCUGAUAAAAAAUGUACAAGACUAGACACCAGAGGACAGCAUUGAUUGAUUGAGUGAAGUGAUUGAGUAGGCUACUAAAUGCAGAUGAUCCUAUGACUCAGGGGUUCCCAAACUUUUUCGGCCGCGACCCCAUUUUGCAAUAAAAAAAAAAAGAAGUGAUCCAACCAUGUAAAAAAAGUUACGUUUACUUUUAUCAUUGGGGCUAUAACAGUCUAUUACAAAUCAGUCUGUCAAACCAUACUUUUGAAGGAAGUAUGGUUUAAAGUGAUUGAAAUGCAUCAGAAAGAUAUUGGGAAGUUCAGAAGAUCAUCAGGCAUCUUCAUCUUCAAUGUAGAAAAGAACAUAGUCAUUGAUGAUGUUCUUUUUCCCCCAGUCUGAUUUAGUGCCUGGUAGCUUAAACCGUUCAAAAGAUAGACGUAUUUGUAGGAAGAAAACAGAAACUGCUCUGUUUAUUACAACCACAUCUAGCAGCUACCGGAGAUUACUGACGUAACCCUGGUUCUAUGAACCAAGUUCCACAUUUUUUUUUUUUUUUUUUAAAUCAGAGUUUCUCUCGCGACCCCAUUUUCAAAUCAGGCAACCCCUAGUUUGGGAAACGAUGCCCUAUGUAGAAGAGGAGGUAUAGUCUAUUUAGAAUCAUUAGCACCACCUAGUGGUAAGUCAGACUAAUUUGAGUCGUGACCCCCAACAAAUGACAAACAAUUACAGUCAUAUCAAUGCCAUGACAAAGUUAACCUAAGGAUCUGGCUACGGUAUGUGGUAUCACUCUGAAUAAAGGUACAGUAAGGUAACUGAACACACACACAGUCAGAAAAGGGGAAUGCCAAUUCAAGGUUUCCCAGGGCACAAAGUUAACCCUAACUUCCAAGAAUUAGGCUUUGAUUGUACUUUAUACAACGGGUGACAGUCAAUCAUUAUUUGAAUUGGUUGGUAACCCGUUAAUAAUUAAUAAUUAAGUGAUAAUGCCCGAGAAGCCAGUGUUUGUUGGAUAUAUUGGCACGGGUGUUGUUAGGCCCGAGACUAAGUCAAGAGCCGACAAACUGUGCCAAUAUAUCCAACAAACACUGGCUUCGAGGUGUGAUUGAAAUGAGGGUCUAAUCCUGAAUGCUGAUUGGUUAAAACCGCAUUCCAGCCGGUGUCUAUUCCACAAGUUACCACCAGCUAAAUCUAUGACGUUAAAAUGCCUAUUUAUACUGUUCCAUCUGACUACGCAAUCCACUGUCUCAUCAACCCAGUCAGGCACUUUAUAAACUUGAUCUCCACUAUAAAAAGCAUCUACACAUUAUCUCACAUUUCUUUUAGACUAACAUUUCGUUUUUUCAACAGCAGAGAUUUGUAUAAACCUUGCUGUCUGUCUCUCUGACAUUUGCAACAUUGUUUCAAUAUCUCUUGCUGUCCCAUAGUAUUGAAUUUGUCGGGAGUCGGGAUGAGACAGAAAGGCAGGCAGAGUUUCUCAGCCGGUCGAAAUCAUGAAUCAACUGGCAUAAUUUUUAUGGAUAUAUACCAAAAAAAUGUCAAUUGAAAAAAAGUUUAAACAAAACGCAGCUAAUUUGUGGUCUUUCCAGCUUCAGUUUGAAGUGAUUGUGUUACUGUAGCUGUGUUGUUGGCUAGCUCCUCUGUCUGAACAACAGUGUCCUGACGAGUGAGCACAUUCUCUAUGUCAGGCGAAAUCGCGCCCCAUUAGCUCAUUGUUAUGGAUGUAUCCAAAUAAAUGCCACUAGAAAACAGCUUAAGCAAAUGCAGCUACUUUUUGACGUGACUGUAAAUUCACCGUAGUUGGCUAGCUAGCAAGCAAGGGAUAAGAACGUUGCCAGCCAGUAUGGCAAUGGAACAUUUAGAACGAACGAACGAAGUAUGAAUAAAUAAUCAAAAUAACGUUUUAAUUAAAAUAUGUCAAUCAUUAUUUGAAUAUGUUGGUAACCCCUUGUAUAAAAGUGAUAAUGCCCUCGAAGCCAGUGUUUGUUGGAAAUAUUGGCACGGUUUGUCGAAGUUAAUGUAACAACACCUGUGCCAAUAUAUCCAACAAACACCGGCUUCUCGGGCACUAUCACCUAAGUGUAUUAUUCACACUUCAUGACAAGCCAAUGAAAUCUCUAUACAAACACAGCUGGAUUCUUUCAAACUACAACUCUCUCCCUCCCGCUCUCUCCCCAAUAUAACUCUACUCCUUCAUCUCCUCUCAAUGUGUAUUUAUUCCUUGUGUUAUUUUUUCUACAUUUAUCUUUCUGCAUUGUUGGGAAGGUUCAUAAGUAAGCAUUUCACUGUUAGUCUAUACCUGUUGUUUACGAAGCAUGUGACAAAUAACAUGGUAUUGAUUGAUCCCUCCCUCUCCUCUAGCUGGUGGGGAACCUGCUAGACUUCUGUUUCUACACGUUCCGUGAGUCUCAGGCUCUGAAGGUGGAGUUUCCAGAGAUGCUGGUGGAGAUAAUCAGUGACCAGAUACCAAAGGUGGAGUCGGGCAACACACACACCCUCUACUUCCACAAGAAG